UCUAGUCUUGGAUGAUUGCUCUUCAUGGCUGUGAGGGAGAUUUGUGUUUGGAGAGGGCUCAUUUUAGCCCUUUUCCUCUUUGCUGUUGAUGGACAGAAAAGGCCGUUAUUCAUGGUGACGUUCCCUGCAGUGAUUGAAUCUGGAUCAGACGCCAAAUUGUGUGCAAGUCUUCUGAAACCCCAAGAGAGUCUCACAAUGACCGUUUCCCUGCUUGAUGAUGAACAUGGGAUGACUCAACUUGUGGAGCAAGUUUCUUCAAAGCCAUUUCACAGCUGCUUUUGUUUCCAGGCUCCUCAAGUGGAUAAAGAGUCUGUUCAGAUGCUAAAGGUAGAAGUUCAAGGGAAGGUCUUUAGAGCGACUGAGGAGAGGAAGGUCAUGUUCAGACGUUACUUGCCUUUGACCUUCAUCCAAACAGACAAACCCAUCUACAAUCCAGGACAAACGGUGAAUUUCAGAGUCGUCACCAUGGAUGCCAAAUUUUUGCCUCUUGAUCAGAUGUACAAUCUGGUGGUGGUGGAGGACAAUCAGAAUAACCGGAUUGGUCAGUGGACAAACAUUUCCUCAACGGACUGGAUAUUGCAGCUUUCUCAUGAGUUAAACCCAGAGGCUCAGUUAGGGAUGUACACGCUAAAGGCUUUCAUUGGUGAACAAAUGAUCUCCCAGGUUUUUGAGGUGAAAAAAUACGUUUUGCCCAAGUUUGACGUGACCGUAAACACACCACAGAUGUACAGCGUUGGAGAUGUGGGACUGAAAGUUGAGGCUUGUGCCAAAUACACAUAUGGCCAACCUGUACCUGGUGAAGCCUUGGUGGAAGUAUGCCGUGAGCCGUUUUCAUACAUCAUGGCUCCUGAUGAACAACGUUAG